AUGGAUAUCGAGUUGAUGAAAUCGUCCGGACAAGAAUAUCACCAUAUGGAUCAUAUGAUGUCCAUGAUGAUGCAAAUGGACAUACUUCCAACAGGUUUCUCCGGUUCUUAUAAUGGAGUUUUGGACAAGAAAAAUACUACUACUUCUACUUCUAUUACUACUAAUAAUAAUAAUAUUAAUUCGACGGAAGCGAUGAGAGAAAUGAUAUUCAGGAUCGCGGUUAUGCAACCAAUCCAAAUCGACCCGGAAUCUACAAAACCGCCAAAACGUAGAAACGUGAAGAUAUCAAAAGACCCACAAAGCGUAGCGGCGAGGCACCGGCGAGAGAGGAUAAGUGAAAGGAUAAGAAUACUUCAAAGGCUUGUUCCUGGAGGAACAAAAAUGGACACAGCUUCUAUGCUAGAUGAGGCUGUGCAUUAUGUUAAGUUCUUGAAGAAACAGGUUCAAUGUUUGCAGGUGGCUACGGCGGCGACCAAUGGUGGUGGUGGUGAUGCUAUGACGGCGGCGGCGGCGGCGACGGUGGCGGGCUUGGGUGGUAAUGGAAAUUAUUAUUAUCAUCCUUCAUUGGUGAAAGGGGGAUGCCAGCAGAGUAAUUCUGUAAUGAUGGGCUCUACUGCUCAAAUGUUUAGGUGA